AAUGGCGACGGAUACCUGCUGUUUGAUCACUGUCGGACGCGACUGAGCAGCAGUUUAACCGAAACAUGAAAGAAAUAUUUGUUACCAGGUGACAUUACCCAGCGUGGCCAAUUUUUCAAAGAUGAUUGGCCGACGCUUUGCUCUCGUCGUUCUGGGCGGUCUUUUGAUUCUCGUCCUCAGCGUAAAUAUAUAUUUCAUCCGAUUGAUCGUAGAGAGCUCGUCGCAAAAGACUUCUCCCAAAGGCGUGCCUAUUUCUCAAUUAAAGCUCGAACAGGAACAAUUAAUCGCGCGGGUAGAACAAAACAUGGAACUUCCGCAAAAAUCGAUCGCGAAAGAUAUGGCGGAGAAAAUUAAAACGGAGAUCGAGAUAUUACCGUCGAAAUAUUUUAAACAGAAUACCAGCUAUUCGGUAGUCCUGGAACGACUGUUGGCCGAAUUAAGGAUAACGCCGAAUGUUCGUGAAAAUAUAUGGAACAUUGCUAAUAACAAUUGGCCGGAUGCUCACCAGUUAAUACCACCUGUCGCGCCCGAGUUGGGAACAAUACUGGACACUUUGCGUAAAUCGAAAGUGAUGCGAGCCGACAACGCAGCGCUUGGUACGCAACUGAAGUUGAUGUUAACUUUGGAACACGGGGUCAAAGCGAUGUUCAAGCCUCAAUGGUAUUCCAGAGACGCGGUUAUUCGAGGGCCCGUUUACCACGGAAAAGACAGGCACAAUGCCGAGGUUGUAGCCUUUCAUUUAUCAUCGUUGCUGGCUUUGAGAAGAGUACCGGUAACCGUUGCAAGAAAACUCGAUUUAGGGAACGAAGUUCGGCGACUAGCGACCCCUGAACUUUACACGACUAUGUAUCAAGAUGGUAACGAUACUUGUCUCUAUGGAGUUUGUCAUUACUGUUCUCCCGCGGACCCAGUUUGCGCGACUGGAGAUAUUCUGGAGGGUGCAUUAAUUUCUUGGUUACCGCGAUAUUUAAGACUCGUGAAGCACCGUCAUCCGUGGCAAAGGACUUACAAAAAGAACAAACUCGCAGCAUGGGAGAUCGAUGAUAAUUAUUGCGAAAAAGUGAAAGAUUCCAAAGCGUAUUCACCGCAAUCGUCGAGCAGACUUUUGGAUCUGGUAGACACUGCGAUCUUUGACUUUUUAAUGGACAAUGGCGAUCGUCAUCAUUACGAGUUAGCGCAGAAUAACUUUCAUAAUCCUGCUGUUUUGUUGAUCGACAAUGGGAAGAGCCUUGGGAAUCCUGACGUCGAUCAUUUUGAUAUAUUGGCGCCACUGUAUCAGUGUUGCAUGAUUCACAAAACUACUUGGGAUCGUUUAAAGUUACUUAGUGGAGGUUCCUUGAGCAUUGCUCUUGGAAAGCUUGUCGCACACGAGUCGAUGAUGGCCGGCGUUGAGCAUCUUAUUACAGAUUCUCAUUUAAGUGCCAUGGAUAGGAGAUUACUUACUAUAUACGCUGUUGUAGAAUAUUGUUUGAAAAGUAAAAAGUAUGCUUCUAACGUUAUUCUAGAUCAUCGGUAGCCUAUAUUUUAUAGAAUAUUUAGCGGAUUUAAGUCGUUUUAUAUAUAGAGAGUAUUGGGAAAAUAUUCGUAUUUUAUAUGGCCUAGUGA